GAAGUGUUAUCGCUGGUGGCAUUUGCUAAAUGUUCAUCAAAGGAACCCUACCUUUUCAGGAAAUCUACCUCGCUGGGGUUGAAAGCAGAAAGUGCAAGUCCAUGUCCAAGCCUUCAGAUGGCGGUGUUCUGCCUUCUAGUCCGGAAAUGAAGAGAAAAACGUGACGAAAUACGUAAACAAAUCUGAAACUAACCAGCACUCGAGUACCGGCACUGGAAAUAGCAUUUGACGAGAUCUAUUUCUGACUUCUCAUAGUGUAACAAUGAAGACAGUGUUUGUAACUGUAGGAACAACCAGCUUUGAUGAACUAAUUGAACGUAUUACGACUCCAGAAGCUGUUCAAGCGUUGAAAGGCCGUGGCUGUCAACAGUUGGUAUUGCAGGUUGGACGAGGCUCCAUCCUUCCGGAGUCAGACAGCUGCUACGAGCUCGGGAUAAACGCCUUUCGAUUCAAGGAUUCCAUCGCUGAAGAUAUUAAGUGCGCUGACCUGGUUAUCAGCCAUGCUGGUGCAGGUAGUUGCCUGGAGACCCUAGGUGCAGGCAAACCACUGCUAGUGGUGGUCAAUGACAAACUCAUGGAUAAUCACCAGCUAGAACUGGCCAAUCGGCUAUACAAGGACUCACAUCUGCUGUACUGCACCCCCAGUACUCUCGUUGAGACCCUGAAGACAAUGGACUUCUCCGUCCUGUCACCGUUCUUACCUGGACAACCAAAGCAUUUUGCAGAUUUCCUGGACAGGGCGCUUGGUAUCCAGUGAUUCCAGCAGAAGUCAGCCUCUGAGAUCAACUCAUCACUGUGUUAAGAACUGAGGUUUUGUUUUGAAUCUCUCUUUGUCUUUGACAUGAAUUGGGGGUUGGGCAGGAGAGAUGUUAUCCAGGGUCACGUCCAAUUAAGGAUGUUUUCAACUCAUGGGUGAAAAGAAAAGCAAAUUAAUUGAAUUAAUGGCGCUAAAGUGAGUGGCUGAGACGGAGAGAGCAGCCUACCCUUGUGGGCUGUGUAUACCGUGCAAAACAAAACAUCAAACCAAGCCCUACCAGAGUUUGGCCAGAUUUUAAGGACAUCUGCCAUGUUAGUGUCUUUUGCAGUAUUUGGUGAUGUACCAAAACAAGGGCACCUAUUACAAUUCCCUGUGCAUGAACCCACUGUAAAACCCUCUCUGGCAGAACCAACCAUGGUCAAACAGUAUGCCUAGGUGUGUUUUGUUUGGCUUCUAGGUUCUACUAGGAUGCAAAGUAAACCCCAUUUCUGGAGAAAUUAUUUGCACAUUAUUUGCAGAAUGUGUGUGUAAUAAAACUGUUUUUCUAAGGCUUUUGGUGUGCCAUUCAUGUUUGUUUCGUAAAUGGUCGCAUACACAUUGUAGCAGAUGCUGUCACGAGUGAAGUGAAACUCUUAUUUUGGUCUGUAUAAAAAAUUGUCAUUUGAAUAUA